UAUUUAGCACGUUAAAGUCAUUAUAUAUCUAUGUGAAUUUAUACCUGAGAUAAAUAUAGACACUAUAGUUUGACACGGAGAAAGACUAAAUAAGUAUAUUCACUGGGAAUUUGUGUGAUCUCUCGAUAAAUAUAAUGGAAAUCAUAUACACCUUUUUCGAAGGAAUUGAUCUUACGACUAUUUUUAUUUUUGGUAUAGUUUUUCUUGUGACGAUUUUGUGGAUGACAAGUCCGAAGUCGGAUAUUCCAGGACCCAAAGCCUGGCCUAUUUUUGGGAACAUUUUACUUGUUAGUCAGUUCAAUAGAGCCACAGACAGAAUAAAGUUUGUAGACCAGCUGACGGCGAAGUAUGGUCCAAUAUUUCGAAUGUUCUUAGGACCAUAUCAGAUAGUAUUUGUACAGGGUCAUAAACAUGUGCUAGACGUUAUACGGAAACGAGGACACGAUUUUGUGGACAGACCCAACUUUAUUCCAGGAAUUAAAUUAGCUCAAAAUGUAGUAGGAGGAAGUGGGAUAGUGUUUGCAAAUGGAGAUGAAUGGAAGGAUAGGAGGAAAUUCGCAUUACAAGCAAUGAGAGAUUUUGGUGUUGGAAAGACUUCACUUGAAGAAAAGGUUUUAGAAGAAAUGCAGAAUAUUGCAGAAGAUCUUGAAAAAGCGAAGGGAGCUGAGAUAACCGAUGUUAAGACAAUGAUGUUAAAGGCUAGCUGCAAUGUCAUACAUAGCCUUAUAUUUGGAUAUAGAUACAAACAUGACAAUGAAUCCCUGCACAAACUCAUCAAGACAAUUGACGAAAUAUUUUCAGGUCCAGGUCCUUUGACAGCGACUGGAAUAUUUCCCAUUUUAAACUUUCUUACGAAAGACAGCGUUAGGAUGAGAGUAGAAGGGUUCACUACUUUAAAGAAAUACAUAGACGAUCACAUAAGCGAACACCGAGAUUCAUUUGAUCCUGAAAAUAUCCGCGACUUUAUAGAUAUGUAUUUGGAGGCCGAAAAUGACGAAAUUGAACGGACAUCUUCUCUAAAUCCUGGUGGGUUGUUCAGUACAAUAACUGAUUUAUUUGCUGCUGGUACGGACACGACAGCCACUACGCUUGAUUGGUCAUUGUUGUAUAUGAUUCAAUUCACGGAUGUUCAAAAAAGAUGUCAAGAAGAAAUCACAAAGGUCAUAGGAGCGGGAAGAAUGGUUCGAAUAUCUGAUAGACGUCGUUUGCCAUACACUGAGGCAACUAUAAUGGAAAUACAAAGACUGUCCAAUAUAGCACUAUUUGCAAUACCUCAUGUAUCAGUAUCAGAUACCACAAUCAAUGGAUACGCAAUACCUAAAAAUACCAUAAUUGUUCCAAGCCUUGUCUCUGUACACUUGGAUGAGACAAUCUGGACAGAUCCCACAGAGUUUAAUCCAGGCAGAUUUCUGAACCAAAACAAUGAAAUCAUCAACAAAGAAUACUUAAUGCCUUUCGCCUUAGGUCCACGUUCCUGUCCUGGAGAGUCCUUAGCACGAACAGAGCUGUUUCUGAUCUUUUCGAAUCUUCUACAAAGAUUUGAAUUCUCUAAAGUCGAUUCAAGUGACAUAUUAUCAUUUGAAGGAAUAACAGGGAUUACACAAGCACCUUCGCCAUAUAGGCUUAAAGCUGAUUUAAGAUAGAUUAUUAUUUAGCUUAUUUAACAUGUCCAACUUUAGAAAGCGUGUACUUUGUUCGAAAGUGUUUGUAUUAACAAAUUUUCAAAUAUAUCUUCUUUUUUUUUUUUUUUUUUUUUAUAUCUGAUCAUUGAUAGCGUAAUGAACUUAUACAUAAGACAUCGGGACAUCGUGUACGAAUAUAUUGAUGAUCCUCUUAUAGACAACUCAGAAGGCGCCAGGAUUUUAUGUCAGGCAAAAUACAUAACAUAGCUCAAAAUGAUGACCAGACGCAGAACAAGCAGAGGAGCACCCCAAGAGUAGCAAGGGUAGUGGUGUUUUUUUCACUAGGUUUUGCACAUGCUAUUCCGGAGAUACUUUUUGGAAGGCAGAUCAUCUUACACUUUAACGGAAGUGUUUUAUCAGUCAGAAAACAACAAUAGAAAAACAAACAACAACCAAUUAAGUGCUUUUAUCGAACACGGAAUGACACUUUGCUUUCUAGUGCCUUCAAAAUGCCUUAAAAGACUAAAGACUGGAAAGCAGUAUUGAAAUACGGGUUUAGUUUUCUUUUUAGAAAUAUCCUCAAUCAAAACAAAACCUGUCGAUACGCGACAUUGCUAGGAAAUUUGCUUAUAUAGCGGAGGAAACAACAGCAAAAACACUGUGAAAACGUUAAGUCCUGCCUUUAAAAGAUUGUGCGUUUGGCAAAUUCUAUCAUUUGUAAUGUCCACUUCCAUCUUCAAUAACAACUGAUACUGUUUAUUCAUCAAAAUUUAAUACAACCAUAUGUGUCCUCUUCUGUUUAGAUAUUGCUUUUUUAGAAUAAAAUAAGAACAUGCUUUA